ACAAAACUCACCCCCACCAGUUCUUCCAACAGCUCUCUCCCUCUCCUCCCUCCUCUCCCUCUCUCACACACACAGUGUCACACAACGAAAGACACAUCUCACUACCCGAAAAAUCAAGAAAACAACAGCAGAAAAAAGAGAGGAGAAAAUGCUCCAACAACACCUCUUCAUCUCUCCAUCAGACCUCCUCCUUCAAUGAGAUCUCCCCCCACAAGAAACCCACAUCCAAGAAAAUGUCUUCCUCCUCCUCCUCCUCAUCAGCAUCACCGUCCUCGCCCCUCUUCAUCGCCGCCCUCAUCGCCCUCUGGUACUCCUCCAACAUCGGCGUCCUCCUCCUCAACAAGCUCCUCCUCUCCAACUACGGCUUCCGCUUCCCCAUCUUCCUCACAAUGUGCCACAUGUCCGCCUGCGCCCUCCUUAGCUACUUCUCCGUUGCCUUCCUCAAAGUCUUCCCGCUCCAGCAGAUCAGGUCCCGCUCCCAGCUCCUUCGAAUCGCCACGCUCGGCGUCGUCUUCUGCGCCUCCGUCGUCGGCGGCAACAUCUCGCUCAGGUACCUACCCGUCUCCUUCAACCAGGCCGUGGGGGCCACCACGCCCUUCUUCACGGCGGUGUUUGCGUACCUGGUGACGUUCAAGAGGGAGGCUUGGGUUACUUACGCGGCUCUUGUGCCCGUUGUUACCGGGGUUAUGAUUGCAAGUGGGGGUGAGCCAAGCUUUCACUUGUAUGGGUUCAUUAUGUGCAUAAGUGCAACUGCUGCAAGGGCAUUCAAGUCAGUUCUCCAGGGUAUCCUACUCUCUUCUGAAGGGGAGAAGUUGAACUCCAUGAACUUGCUGCUGUAUAUGUCCCCAAUUGCUGUUCUAGUUUUAUUGCCUGCAACACUUUUGAUGGAGCCAGAUGUUUUAGAGGUCACUUUAUCGCUUGGAAUGAAACAUAGGUUCAUGUGGCUACUACUUUGCAUUAAUUCGGUGGCAGCAUAUUUGGCCAACUUGUCCAACUUCUUGGUGACUAAACACACAAGCGCGCUUACACUUCAGGUACUAGGCAAUGCAAAAGGUGCUGUGGCCGUAGUCAUCUCCAUUCUCUUGUUCAAAAAUCCCGUCACUUUUAUCGGUAUCGGUGGCUACACAAUGACUGUUAUGGGCGUGAUCGCUUAUGGAGAAGCCAAGCGGAGAUUAAAAUGAUGAUCCGACUUGCACAAAAUUCUUUUCCUCUCUGAUGUUCCCGAUUUUUCGUCCCCAGAAAGUUGGUCUUACUAAUCAGUCAGGAUCUUGUUGAGAGAGACAGAGAGAGAUUCAUUUCACGAUUGAUUGUUUGUAUUAUUUAUUUCAGCUUACGAGCAUGUAAUGCACACUGUUUGUGACCCAUUCAUCUGUAAAAGUAUUAUCAUUCAUCUGUGUC